GUCGGUCCGUUAGCGGGUUCCGGUUGUGUUUUUUUUUUUAUAUAGCUGAAAAAGUAAAUUAGAUACUUUUAUAUAUUUCUGAUGGCGAACAGGACGGUCAAAGACGCAAACAGCAUUCAUGGCACCAACCCGCAGUAUCUGGUGGAGAAGAUUAUCCGAACCAGAAUCUAUGAGUCCAAAUACUGGAAGGAAGAAUGUUUCGGACUCACGGCUGAGCUGGUUGUGGAUAAAGCCAUGGAGCUGAAGUAUGUGGGUGGAGUUUUUGGUGGGAACAUCAAGCCCACACCUUUCCUCUGCCUCAUACUGAAGAUGCUACAAAUUCAGCCUGAGAAAGACAUCAUUGUUGAGUUCAUCAAAAAUGAGGAUUUCAAAUACGUUCGAUUACUUGGGGCGACGUACAUGAGGCUGACAGGGACUGCAGUGGAUUGUUACAAAUACCUGGAGCCGCUGUACAAUGACUACCGAAAAGUUAAGAGUCAGAACCGAAAUGGAGAGUUUGAGCUGACGCAUGUGGACGAGUUCAUCCAUGAGCUCCUUCAUGCUGAACGAAUGUGUGACAUCAUCUUGCCCAGACUUCAGAAGCGGCAGGUCCUGGAAGAGAUGGAGAUGCUCGAUCCACGUGUCAGCGCUCUAGAAGAAGACCUGGAUGAGGUGGAGAGCAGCGAAGAAGAUGAUGAGGAAGAGGAGAAGCCAGAGAGACUCCAGACCCCUGAACCCCACAGACGCGGUUACCGUGACAACGACAGGCCCCGUCGCUCGCCGUCUCCAAGAUACCGACGCAGCCGCUCCCCCAGACGGAGGAGCAGAACCCCAAAGAGGCGAAGCCCGUCGCCCCGUAGAGACCGCCAUCGCAGUAAGAGCCCCCGACGACACCGCAGCAGGUCCAGAGACCGACGGCACCGCUCCAAAUCCCCGGGUCACCACAGGAGCCACAGACAUCGCAGCCACUCAAAGUCUCCUGAAAGGAGUUCCAAAAAGAGUCACAAGAGGAGUCGACGGGGAAACGACUGAGCUUCUUUUUCUUUUAUCUGUAGAGAUCAAAGUCUCGUCUUUCAUUCAUUAAUAAUUAAAAUGUUUUUGAACAUUGAAAAUCUCUUCAUGU